AGCAGCCCGUGGCCCUGCCUCGAAUACAUUUGUGAAAUCGACCACUUCAUAGAGCUCGGCACAGCCUGACAUGGCGACAUCUAGCUUGGGACAAUGUACUCAGCGGCGAUGGCUCGCGACAGGCCACGCUCGAUCUGAUCAGCUCCGUGCUCCGUGCCGUGAGGGCCGUGCCGAAUCCUGGCUCCUUCGUGCUUUCCUUGUGGACCAAUCAAUGGGGUUCCACCCGCACGUCGCUGCUCCAUGUUAUGCCAUGCCAUGCAGUGCGGUGCACCCUCCUCCUCUCCCCUCUUCCCCGCACGCGCCCCUAAGAGCAACGUACGGCAGUCAGCCUCUACCUCCUUCCUUCGCGCAAUACCGACGGCAGCAAGGUCGGGGACAUUUUUGCGGGCGCCUAGAGCAAUUGCCCAUGUGCGUUGCGUGAAGGCAGUUCAAGGCCAGACCGUCGAAUUGACGUGCGAAACCGAGAGGCUCCUUGACAGACAGACAAAAGGUGACAAUUGUUCAAACGUGGCGUCACGCUGAGCGCUGAUCGUUGGCACAUGAGAAUCCUCGCUCAUCACGCCAUGUUUGGCUCAGGCUGGCAGGCCACGCCCCCUACCCUCGUCGAUCCCCAGAUUUGGAUCCCGAGGUGCCGUUUGACGUGAAC